AGACUCCACCCCGCUAUGACUCAUUCCUUUCUCGACACAGAUACAACAGAGCAUUCAGACGGAGAGCGGCGACGCGUGGGCGAGAUCGAGGACAUGGCUUUCUAGAGCUGCGCGGAUCUUGAAGCGAACAAGCGUGUAUUGCACGCUGCAACGAAACAAGCAUAAUGGAGUCCCUUUUUGCCACCACCACUAUCCCUGCCUGCAGGAGCCGAGCUACUCCUUGCGUGCUGCAUCCCAAUCCUGUGUCGACCCUGAAUUAUCAUUGCUACGAUGUCCCUGCUGGCGGCACUGACCCUGGACCUGGACCUGACCAUGCUCCCAGCUAGCACCAUGUCCUGCAGGCCGGAGCUGCUCAAGCACCGGCUGCCCCACGCCGGUCAUUGCGAGCUGCUUGCCGGACCUGUGGAUGAGGGCUUUGCCCUCAGCAUGGAGCGCCCAUUGCUGACAGGCGAUGGCUUCUCAGACUGGAUGACGGAGCGCACAGACCUGGCCACGCUCCUGAGUGUGUCAGGGGAGCCCUCGCCACUCUCACUGCCCUCCCCUCCUGCUCCGGACCUGGAGGCCAUGGCCUCACUGCUCAAGAAAGAGUUGGAGCAGAUGGAGGAUUAUUUCUUGGAGGAGUCACUCUCACCAGACCAGGUAGCACCUAGCACCCCUCCCUCUGAUGGGAACUUCCACUUCCCCUUUGGUGAUGGUUUUCAGCCCCUCGACCACCACCCUGCACCUGCUCCCCUGCAGACCUUGGAUUCAAGCUGCUUAGAAUUGCUGGAGAUCUAUGGCGGAGAAGUGCCUGCUGAGCUCCCCCUGCAGGGCAGUGAUGUCCAUGCCCCAUUACAACGGUCAUCUGCCCUAGCACCCAAGGGGGACCGGCGCCAGAAGAAGCGAGACCAGAACAAGACAGCAGCCUUGCGGUACCGUCAGCGCAAGCGGGCUGAACAUGAGGCACUGGGGGAUGAGUGCCAGGCUCUGGAGGCACGCAAUCGUGAGCUGCGCGAGAAAGCAGAAUCCAUUGAGAGAGAAAUCCAAUAUGUAAAAGACCUUCUCAUUGAAGUCUACAAGGCACGAAGUCAGCGCCAGCACACCUCCCCCUAAAGGCAGGGGGCUGUGUAUCAAUUCUCUCUCCGCUUCCCCAAAUAAUAGCCUCAAGGAGAAGCCAUGGGGAUACUGGAAGUAGACAAGAACAGAUCAAGCAUGUAGGAAUAAAGUUUGGGAAGUGUUGGGAAUUAGGAGCCUGCAUGGCACUUCAGAGGUUAGGGCCACGUAGAUGAACUAUACAAUACAGAUUCAGAGUUGUGGGGCUACUGAACUCUGCACGAAUCGGGGGGGGGGGGAAUGGAUUACAUUUGGAGGAAAUGAGGAUUGCUGAUGUGUAAAGGUCCAAGAUGAGCUAGUUUUGGAAAUCGUCUCAGGUUUUUUGGGGUAGGCUGUGACAGGGUAGUACCUCUUCCUCUCUUUCUCCUUCCCCAUCCCCAUCCUUACUUGUCCCCCAAAUCAGGAAACAGACAACAGUCUCAAGGCUGUGAGAUGGCUUUUUCGUAUGUACACUAUAUAGCACUUCUUUCUUGCACCUUUUCUCAACUAUGCACCAAUAAACACUUGUUUUGAACACC